CUUUGGUUGACGAGAUUUUCACCGAUUACCGUUUAGUUGAAAUCUUGGAAGAAAAGACAUCGAAGAUGGCCAACUCAGCGACAGGAGGAAGUGCCUUAUCAACAUUAAAAGUUAAAAUGCAAUCCUUACGCGAUGAUCUAGACAGGACUAAAGAUGAUUAUGAAUCAAAAUGCCGGGAGUUAGAAGCGGAAAAAGCUUUGAGAAAUCAGGUUGAAAGUGACUACAUGUCAACUUUGAGGAAGUUACAAAUUCUUGAAGAAUCAUUUGAGCAUGCCAAUGAGAGAGCAGAAACUGCAGCCAAAAAGCUUGAAGAGAUGACCAAGAUUGUCGAUGAAAAUGAAAGAUCAAGAAGAGUUUUAGAGAACAAACAGACCAUUGAUGAUGAUAGGAUAGAAACACUGGAACGUGAUUUGAAGGUAUCCAAGAUGGCACUGGCAGAGGCUGAAAAACAGUUUGAAGAGGCCUUAAGGAAGUUGCAUGUAACAGAAUCAGAACUGGAGAGAGCAGAGGAGAAGGCAGAACAGGCAGAAAAAAAAUAUAAGCAGCUUGACAUGGAUUUGAUGUCUGUAUCAAAUACGCUGAAGUCACUGGAGCACAAUGAGUCCAGGGCCACCCAGAGAGAGGACACAUACGAGAGCACCAUCAGAGAUCUGACUGCUCGUCUUAAAGAUGCUGAACAGAGAGCCAGUGGAAACGAACGAUCUGUCGUCAAACUACAGAAGGACGUUGACCAUUUGGAAGAGGAACUUGAACAGAUGAAGAUUCAGAACAAGGAGUUGAAGGAUGAAUUGGAGAAUGCGUUCAAUGAAAUUGCCAGCAUAUGAGCCGCCUAGCUUACCUCCGCUUUGGUUCUCUACAGAUCAAACUAACUAGCAUAUUGUGAAGCUGCUGAUGUGUCAUGGAUGACUGCAACAAAUGAGUUAUAUGGAGCGUGAUUGUAUGUAGUGCAUGAGAGGCCGAAUCUUUCGGGGUCAGAUUGAUUCAAGUGCCACGUGCUUUAAUUGUUUUAUUGUUUGCUAUCAUUAAUAUUAUAUAUCAAAUAUUUAUUUUGAACUAAUGGAUAUAACUGGUGUGAUAAGCAUCGUUGAACCAAAUGCCUUUUCAUAUGCAAAAACUAAUUUUGUAAUUUUAGAUAUUUGCACAAAGACUUCAUUACUAACAUCGAUAAAUUGUUAUUCGUGUAUUUUUGCCCUGUUCAUUACGGCUAGCCUUCGAUUCUCGAUUAAUUUCUGUAGUUCUUUGUCCAGCCUUCCUAUUUUUUAUCAUUAGAUAGUUAAUGUUACGUCAACUUCUGCUUGUUUAUUUUUGCAUUGCAAAUGUAAUUUUGUGUGCCUACGUAUGUGUGUUGUGUAUGCGUGCAGUAUGCAGUGUGUGUGUGUGUGUGUAUGCUUGUUUGUACGCGUGUGAAUGCCAUUAUAUGUGCCUCAAUGGCUUGAGAUUAAUUGUGAUUCGUUCAAAUCAUGUUUGUAUUAAUUAUUAUUUUUUAAUUGAUUGUUAAUUAAUUUUUAAAACAAGAUGAGUUGCAAAUGGAGGGUUGCUGUGUGGUUGAAUGCGUGUGCAAUAUUGGAUGAUGGUGAUGAUGAGGACGGUUAUAAUGGGGAUGAUCAUUUGUGCUCUCAUCACGUUUGUCAGUUUUAACAGCUUGUUCAGUUUUACCUUUUUUAACGGCUUCACAUUUUUAACGUUGAUGCUAUUAUUUCGCGUUUGCUAUCCCAUCUAAUCCUAUUGCAUCUGCUGCUUUUUAAUUCAUAAUCAAAAUCAAAUUUAUAUAUUUCAUUCAUUUAUAUAUUUUCGUUUAAUUUUACGACGGAACAUUUGAAAACAAUAACUGCCAACGCCAGCUCUUCCGUUCAUGGCGCCGUUCGUUCAGAACUUCUUCUAAGGCUGCACACAGUGAAUUUAUAAUUCGGCACCACUGUACAUAUACGUAAUUGCAUAUUUUUCAGUUUUAUAUCAAUUGAUAUUUUAGUAUCGCUAGCUACAUUAUUCAAUUAUUGAACAAUUUAACAAUUUCCUGCUAAUUAUUUUGAGUUUGUUAUAAAAUGUGAAAUUCAGAUUUAUUAUUUUUAUAAAAUAAUAAUGUCAAAAAUUAAUAUAUUUGACCGCCGUCGAGUUUGUUUGGCUGAAUAAAGUUUGCUGAAAGUUUAAGGUGCUGGUAAAUAAAAAGAU